UCCACCACAGUCUUACGCAGUACGCUGAUAAAAAUAUAUGAUAAUAACAAUAUAACGUAAUAUCUAUAGAUAUAAUGUAAUAUAUAGUAUCGUAUCGUUCCGUCGAGUGAAACGUUUAUGUUUUCCUUGUUUUCGCUCCGUCACCGUCCCCGUCCGAUGCCGUUCCGAUACCGUCGCGACCCGUAACACCACUCACGACGCGCGCGACGACUCAGCAGCCGCCGUCCACGAUCUGCGCCGCGUUUCCUCUUCAGUCUUCGUUCCAAGUCGUCAUCCCGUUAUCUUUGUUAUUGUUUUUUUUUUUUCGUUCGUUUUUGCUAUUUUUUACACGCUGCCGCCGCACUCUCCGUUCACCGUACCAUUCACCACCACCACCACGGCACCGGAGUACAGCCUGCCGUACGGGGAUACCAUCGAGUUCGACACUUACAAGUCGCACUCGUACAUAUUGUUAUUGUUGUUAUGAUAUACGUGCAAUAGUAGUAAUUAUAAUAUUAUAUAUAUUUUAUAAAAAACCAUAUCGUCGUUAUCGUUGUUAUUACUAUUAUUACCUACGCACAAGCAACAACUUUCGGACCGCAGCCGCGUCGUCGUAUUUCGUCGGACGAUUACAUAAAAAUAUUACAUCCGACACGACCGCAACGAAUAAACAUCGUACGCGCACGCACACUGCUGUGCAAUAAUCGUAUAUUGGUGCAGUGCAUCGUCGUCAUUCUGUGUGGUGCAUGCUCGUCUCGUUUUCUUAAUAACAAUUGUUGUAACAAUAAAGACAAUAAUGCGCAGUGUGCUUGCCUCCGUCAUUUGAAGAAGAAUACCGCCGCCACAGCGUCGUAAUUAUGCGCCUUUUGUGAGACGUUUUUCCAUAUUUUUUUUUUUUCCUAAAUCCAUAUCGUGUAACGAUAUCAAAUUCACAACAUUAAUAUUCUACAAACGUGCUGAUCGAUACAACGACACAUUAUUUAUGGCUAUCAAUCAGAUACUGUCGUCAAGCGCCCACAGAGCCUUAGCACACGAGUACAAGAGUCUUCAGGAUGAACCCGUCGAGGGAUUCAGGGUCAAGUUGAUCGAGGACAACUUACGAGAGUGGGAAGUGGCCAUAUUCGGACCACCGGAAACCCUUUACCAAGGAGGAUAUUUCAAGGCUCAUAUGAAGUUUCCAGCAGACUAUCCAUAUUCACCUCCAACCAUAAGAUUUCUGACAAAAGUAUGGCAUCCUAAUGUGUACGAGAAUGGUGAUCUAUGUAUUUCAAUUCUUCACCCACCAAUAGAUGAUCCUCAAUCUGGAGAGUUACCAUGCGAAAGAUGGAAUCCUACCCAAAGUGUCAGGACAGUAUUACUUUCUGUAAUUUCUUUACUAAAUGAACCAAAUACAUUCAGUCCUGCUAAUGUAGAUGCUUCCAUCAUGUACAGACGGUGGAAAGAUUCCAAAGGAAAAGAUAAAGAAUAUGAAAAUAUAAUUAAAAAACAAGUUGUAAGCGGCCGAUUAGAGGCUGAUAGAGAUGGAGUUGUGGUUCCACUUACACUAGAAGAUUAUUGUAAAGUGAGCCAAGUUGCUCGUUCUUCAGCUGCUGCUGCAGCAAUGGACAGUGAUUUUUAUGUAGAAGACUACGACUUGGAUGUUGAGUCUGAUGCAAACUCUGAAGAGGAGUAUCAGGAUGAUGCUACUGAUAGUGGCAAUGGUGAAUCAUGAAACCAAAUAACUAUUAGGCAUUUUCAAAACAUUAAACAAUAUUUAAUAAACAGACAUAAUAAUUGCUAUCAACCAUUUGUCUGUGUUAAACAAAAUAAUUUAAGUUCUGUUUUGGGAUCAAUGGUAUCUCUUUGCAUGUGAUCUUAAUUAUUAAAAUAACAAUAUAUGACAUUGUUUUUAUAUCCUACAGUCACUUAUACACGGUAGACUUUGAUAUAUCCAUGUAUACAUACAUAAGUAUAUAUUUAUACAUAUUAUUUUUUUGCUUUCUCCAAAUUUUAACUAAACUGUAUAAUUUUUAAUAAAUUAUUUCUACUAAAAAAAAAGUAAUAAUAAUAUAAUAUCUAUUGAGCUAGUUUAUAGCUUCUCUCGUUUAUCCCAUUAUCUAUAAACUUAAUCCUCAUUUAAGUGUUUUGUUUCUUUAAUUAAUUCUAUUUUUAGGUAUCCCUUAUAGGCAGCUAAAAUGACUGAGAAUGUUAUUCGUCAAAUUUAAAUAUUGUGGUAUUGCUAUACUCGUGUAGAUAGUAAAUUUAAUUUAAUGUUAAUUAUUGUUUUAAUACUUAUGUCUUGUAUGUGAAUAUGUGAUAACAAAAAGAAAAAAAAUGAGCUCAUAAUAUGAAAUACACCUUUCAUGAUAAAUUCAUUUUUUUUUUUUAAUUUGUCUAUUUUGGUACUAUAAAAUUUUUAUUUAGAAUUAUAAAACAAAAAUAAACAAAAAAAUAAUUAAUAAAUAAAUGAAUAGUAUACUUACCAAUAAUUUAUAUAUUUAUAAAUUAUAAUGUCUUUAAUUUGUUCACUAUUGAUCUACAUACUUCUUACAUAUUUGUUAUUAGGGUAUUACAUUUAUAAAGACACGGCUAAGAUGAAUCAUUGCACAUUUUUUUUUAAUUGGUCAGACCAUUUUAUGUUAUAUUUUAUUAACAUAUAAAGUGUAUUAAGAAUAUAAUAUGUGUAUACGUGUUUUGGUGCAAAUACCUACUUAAAAAUUAAACGAAUAUUAUGAGUUUUAUAAGUUCACAUUUAAGAGUUGAUUAAGAAAUUAAUUUUAAUAUUGUAUUCUAUUAGACUUUAUUAUUUAGUUGGUGGUUUUGUAAUUAAUACAACAAUGUUUCUUGUGUAAUUUGGUCUAACACAAUACACAUAUUAAAUUUCACAAUAUGUAUCAAUGUAUCAUACUAAAAAUAAAACCUGUGGCUGCUGUAUUUAACAUACAGGCUUCUAAAGAGAAAAACAACUUGAAUCAAUCCUAUUUGUUUUAUAUAACUGUUGGUUAAAUAAAAUUCUGCAGAAAUACAAAGUACUUUUUAAAAAUGUUUAUAAAAUGUUAUUCCGAGAGAUACAAUAACAUAACAAUGUUAAGUAUUUAAAUAGUUGGUAGAGUCCACAUUUAAAAUCUAUAUCUCCACUGAACCCGUGAUAUACAACAAUGGAUAUUAAAAUACAUAUAACAUAAAAGUAUUUUUUAAUGUUUGAAUAUAAAUUAUUUAUAUGAUUGUGGUUAUUAAAAUUGUGUACGAAUCAACAAUAUAACAUUAUUUAUAAGUAGAAAAUUAUCCUACUUUUUUUUUGUACGUAAGAUAAACGCCAACGCUUAAAAAGAAAAUUACUGUUAACAAAAGUAAUUAAUACCAUGUAAACAUGACUUUUAAAAUCUAAUGUGUGAAUGUAUUGUAUUAUAUUAUAUUAUAAUAUAGUAAAAUGUAUCUUUUGUAAUAA